GUAAUAAAAUUGAGCUCCAAUGCUUUUGUUCAAAUACUACUCUUUGCUUUUGUUCCUAAAAAUUUGGCUAAGGUCAGUGUAAAUACGAAGUGUUAAUUCUGCGAUAUUAAAUAUUUUUUCAUGCGAAUCGCAUUUAGAAAAAAAGUAAUUAUUUGCAUUUUACUCGUCAAAUUGGUCCUUUCAAAAUAAAUAAUGGAUUAUCGCCGCAAGACGAGCCGCAAUGAUGAGCCACCUUCUGAUUCUCCUAUGUACUCCAGAUUAUUUAUAGUUUGUGAUAAAAAGACUGAAGAGAAUGAAAUAAGAGAUGCAUUUUUAUCUUUUGGGACUAUCGAAGACAUAAGAAUACCUCGAGACCAUAAUACUGGACAACCGAAAGGUAUAAUUUUCAUCAAAUUUUCUAAAACCUCAGAAGCUGCUUUUGCAUUAGAAAAAAUGAAUAUGCAAGCAUUGCCUGGUGCUAAUCGACCUCUGAAAGUUAUGGUGGCUGCAAAUCGAUCAGAAAUUCAAACAGAUGAAGACAAUGAAAAGCACAAAAGAAUAUUCAUUACUGUCCCAAGGCAAUCAAAUGAAGAGGCAAUAAAAGAUUAUUUUUCUACAUAUGGAAGUGUUGAAAGUAUACAUAUGUUAAGAGAUAAAAACACAGGUGAAAAUAAAGGUUUUGCUUAUGUGAAAUUCAGAAAAUUUUCACAAGCUGCUCUGGCUAUUGAAGAAUGUAACCCGUCCUACAGAGCAAUAUUUGCAUUACCCAAGGGUUACAAUAGACGACCAGAGACAUCAUUUGAAAUGAGCAUUAAUUCUUUAGCAUCCGCAUCAAACAUAAGGAAUCCUCUAUUCUCAGCAAUGAAUGUUCGUCCUGAAGGUUACAAACGAGUACAUUUUAUCUGUUGUCCUUAUCUCACCCAGAAAGAUGUGGAGAAGUUAUUUGAUAUUGUUCCAGGCAUGGAGCACUGCCAAUUUUUUGUUGACUUAAUGCGCAACGUUGGUAAAGGUACAGUAACUUAUUCCAAUCCUGUUUCAGCUGCAUAUGCUGUUGAAAAAUUAAAUAAAUUUGAAUAUCCACCUGGAGCUAAAAUAUUUGUGAAACCAGACAAUGUUAACUUUGACCCACAAGAGCAAAACUUUUCAAAUGUUUCACAAGUUGUGAGCAAUCUAAAAAAUGCUAUUGCAGAAACAACAAAUUCAUCAUCCCCUGAUUUAGCUCAAUUAGCUGAAGCGAUAUCACAGGCAUCCAAAAUAAUUAAAAUGGCAACUUCAGGUGUUAACGAUGACAACAUACCAGACAGCAAUGACUUAAACUAUUGUAGUGUUCAGUUACCGAAACAACAACCACUUGCUGACAUUGACAGUCCUGCAGCUAAACGAUGCUUUUUAGUAUGUAAGCCCCAGCCACCUCCUUUGACAGUUUUGCGUGAUGUGUUCUGUCGUUUUGGUGACCUUAUUAAUGUUUAUACGCUACCUGGGAAAACUGUGGGAUAUGCGCGAUAUGCCACUGCUCAAGCGGCAGAUGAAGCAAUCAAAGUUCUACAUGGUGCAGAGAUUUGUGGAGUUCGCAUUAAAGUGUUAGAGGCUGAUGAUGAAGCUCCCCCAAAAAGAGCAAAAUAUUAUUGACAUAAUGACUUGACAAACUAAUUAAGACAACCAUAGUAUUAGUUUAUCCAUAAGUAAUGUGUGGACUGGAAAAUGUGGUAAGGACUAAUAAAUAAAUAAAUUCAUUACAAAAAUACUUCCACCCUAAACUGUUAUUUACGACAUAAAAUUUUACAACUUAUGGAUCUAGCCGCAGACCCGAGAACCUCCUCUUUAUAUUCUCUAAUGGACAUUAUUAUGACACAGACAAAGACUUGCAGACAAAAAUUAUUUAUAAUGAUAACCAAAGAC